AUGACAUGUGAACCUGCUUUUUCCUCACCAGCUUAUGAAGUCGAAGAAACACCUAUCCUCGAAGCCGUCUUCUUCAUCGAAACGAUUGUUCGGAAUGAGUUACUAAACCUAAAAGAGUCGACCUCCCCAGGUCCCGAUGCAAUCCCGGCCAAGCUGCUGAAGGAGUUAGCUCCCGAAAUGUCCAAGCCGUUAGCCUUGAUCUUUCAAACGUCAUUCGUUACUGGAUGCCUGCCCUCUGGCUGGAAGUCCGCUACCAUCAUUCCGCUUUUUAAGAGCGGAAGUUGUGCGUCUGCGAAUAAUUACAGGCCAGUGAGUCUUACCUCCAUCUGUUGCAAAAUCAUGGAGAAUAUCAUUAAGAAGGCCUUGGUGCAGCUCCUCGAGCAGCACCAUCUCCUUUCGGAUGCCCAACACGGCUUUCGAAGUGAUAGGUCCUGCCUCACGAAUCUGCUCUUUACGCUUGAACGCUGGACCAAAGCACGUGAUGAAGGCAAUGUGGUGCACGCCAUCUACAUCGACUCCAAAAAGGCCUUCGACAGCGUUCCUCACCAACGUCUCUUGCACAAACUGCGCAACACUGGAAUUCGUGGACGCCUUCUUGUAUGGAUCCAGAGCUUUUUGGCUGGACGGUCCCAAAGAGUGCAGGUCGGGCGUCAACAGUCCUCAGAUGUAAGCGUGGUAAGUGGCGUCCCACGGGGCUCAGUCUUAGGUUCCACGUUAUUUCUCGUUUUCAUAAAUGACUGCGUCAAGGACCUAGACUGUGGUGCCAUCCUGUUUGCCGACGACAUUAAAUUGUGGAAGGCUGUUCACAAUGCGGCAGACGCAGACCACCUGCAAGCAAACCAGAACAGGCUCGAAGACUGGUCGAAGCGCUGGCUUAUGCCCUUCAAUAUAAGCAAGUGUAACUUUCUUCAACUCGGCGGCUUCAGAGCCCCCAGCCCCAGGACCUACUUUCUGCACGGCACACCACUGCAACAGGUUGACAGUCCGAAGGACCUGGGUGUAUGA